AUGCAACCAUCAAUACUGAGAGCUCUAGCUGCGGCUAGGCACAGUAAAACCACAUAUCCGCGUGUCGGCCAUCAAUGUACCAGGACCUUCGCCCAAAGCACGCCAUGGAGAUUGAGGGAGCAAUCGAAGGGUGUCACGGCUGAGAACUCGACUUCACAGGGUCAGCCCGCCGCCAACUUGAGUCAAGAGGUGGGCAAGGAAGAAAAGGAUCAUUAUGAGAGGGUUGUGGAGCACAGCAAGCAGAGUCAGAUGCGGUCGCCGUGGAUGCGUGAGGGCAGCGAUAAGCCUCCUGUUGCUAGGAUGAGAUCUGCUGGUGCUAUGGUCAAAGGCAAACUCCUGACAACGCCAUCCCGAAUGCUCAAACUCAUCCUCCCGCUCACCACACGGGACUACAACAACGACCGCAAAGAUGUGGAACCGCUGGCUCUUCUCGUACACCCGCAACAACCUCUUUCCUACCUCGAACGCCUCAUUCAAUCCGAACUUCCCGUGAUAAAGACAGAGAGUGGAAGCGACAAGAUUCCCUCGGUCCACUUCCGCGCACAAGAUCUAGGAGAAGAAGCAAUAAACCCUGAUCGCCAUGAACCCGAUGAGGAGUCUGAAGACUACAAGUUCGAACACUCGGAGGACUUCAAGAUUGACGGAAAGACCGAACGCACCGGCAAGCUCAAUGAGUCCGGAGAGGUUGCAGCAGCAAAGCCAAAGAAUCCUGUCAAGCAGCCCGAUCCGGAACACCCCAACUUUGUGCGUUGGUCGCCCAGCACUGAGAUUGGCGAUUUCAUCAGAGAUGCGGCAAGAGGAAAGGAGUUCAGUGUCGAUAUUGAGAGUGCUCCCGAGCCCAUCUAUGUUGCGGUUCCAUCGUUCGCUGAUCGCACCUACUACCUUCGCAUGCGAUUGCGCAAGACGGCAAAGCAGAUUUCGACAAUGGCAGAUAUCAAGACCGAGUGCGACAGGCUGGCGCAUAAGAGUGCGCAGCGCGUUGCUCAAGGUGGGUUUGCCGUUUUGGUGGGUUGGUGGGGCUCGGUCUACGUCCUCACUUUCCAGACUGAUCUAGGCUGGGAUGUCAUGGAGCCCGUCACCUAUCUGGUUGGUUUGUCUACUCUGAUUGGCGGUUACAUGUGGUUCUUGUACCAUAACCGCGAGGUCAGCUAUCGUUCUGCCAUGAACUUUACUGUCAGCAAGAGACAGGAUAAGCUGUAUCAGGCCAAGGGCUUUGACGUCUCCAAGUGGGACGGUUUGGUCGAAGAGGGCAAUCGCUUGAGAAGAGAAAUCAAGAUGGUUGCUGAGGAGUACGAUGUCGAUUGGGAUGAGGCCAAGGAGGCAGGAGAUGAGAAGGUGGCCAAGGCUCUACGCCACGAGCGCAGGAAGAAGCAGUUGGCCAAGGACGAUGAAGACGAAGAGGGAAAGAAGCGCAAGAAGAGCAGGGAAGAUGAUGAAGACGAUGAUUGA